AUGCAAGAGUUCAUCGUAUCGUUAGCUUCUAGUAGUGUGCAACGAAGCCAAGAGGACAUUGAAUCAUUGGCUUCUAGUAGUGUGCAACGAAGCCAAGAGGACAUCGCAUCGUUGCCUUCUAGUAGUGUGCAACGAAGACAAGAGGACAUUGAAUCAUUGGCUUCUAGUAGUGUGCAACGAAGCCAAGAGGACAUCGCAUCGUUGCCUUCUAGUAGUGUGCAACGAAGACAAGAGGACAUUGAAUCAUUGGCUUCUAGUAGUGUGCAACGAAGCCAAGAGGACAUCGCAUCGUUGGCUUCUAGUAGUGUGCAACGAAGACAAGAGGACAUUGAAUCAUUGGCUUCUAGUAGUGUGCAACGAAGCCAAGAGGACAUCGCAUCGUUGGCUUCUAGUAGUGUGCAACGAAGACAAGAGGACAUUGAAUCAUUGGCUUCUAGUAGUGUGCAACGAAGCCAAGAGGACAUCGCAUCGUUGGCUUCUAGUAGUGUGCAACGAAGACAAGAGGACAUUGAAUCAUUGGCUUCUAGUAGUGUGCAACGAAGCCAAGAGGACAUCGCAUCGUUGGCUUCUAGUAGUGUGCAACGAAGACAAGAGGACAUUGAAUCAUUGGCUUCUAGUAGUGUGCAACGAAGCCAAGAGGACAUCGCAUCGUUGGCUUCUAGUAGUGUGCAACGAAGACAAGAGGACAUUGAAUCAUUGGCUUCUAGUAGUGUGCAACGAAGCCAAGAGGGAAUCGCAUAG